AUGGCACGUAUAAAUACCUUCGCCAAUGGAAUAUGGAGUUUAGUUAAAAUCGAAUUAAUCAAAGGCAUGAAGUUCCGUUUCCUGGCACUUUUCAUUUGUGUGUGUGCGUUUGCAUUCCUAGUGGGAGGAGCACCCACUAGGCUGCCUGAUGAGGACGAGGGUGGAGGUGGUGUAGAUGCUGGCAAUGAAAUUGCAGGCGCCGACAAAGGCGCAGAAGAACCACAAGACAGUGUUGAUGACGGUGUAACAAGCGAAAGUGAAACGGAAAAUGAAGCAGUAAAAGAAACUGCACCGGCGGAAACUGCAGCAGAAGCUGGUGAAGUAACUGCAGAAGAAUCAACAGGUGCAGACACACCAAGUGAAGAAACUCCUGCUGGUGAAGAUACCCCUAUAGCGGAGACUGGAGAAGAGGGUGCUGGUGAGGAACCAAAUGGUGAAGAAACCCCAGCAGAAGUGGCAAGUGAAGAAACUACUGACGAGAAAGGCGUAGAUGAAGAAACUCCUGCAGAAGAAACCAAUGAAGAGAAUGCUGCUGACGGAACUCUUUCAGAUAAAACCGCGGGUGAGGAAGCAGCUGGCGAAGAAAUUCCUGCUGGUGAGGAGCCCGCUGGUGAAGAAACUCCUGCAGAAGUGACUGAUGAGGAAAACGUUGGUGAGGAAGCCGCUGGUGAGAAAGGUGCUGCAGAAGAGGUUGGCGAAGAGGUUGGCGAAGAAAGCGGUGUUGAAGAAAUUGCUUCAGAAGAGACUGUUGGUGAGGAAACAAGUGAUAAAGAAACUCCUGCUGAAGAGACUGCUGGUGAGGAAGCAGCCGGUGAAGAAAUUCCAGCAGGCGAGAAGCUCGCUGGUGAAGAAACUACAGCAGAAGAGACUGGUGAAGAAGCCUCUGGAGCGGAAGUCGCUGGUGAAGAAACUCCUGCAGAAGAAACAGGUGAAGAAGGUGCUUCGGAAAAUACGCCUUCAGAAGAGACUGCGGAUGUGGAAGCAGCUGGCGAAGAAAUUCCUGCUGGUGAGGAGCUCGCUGGUGAAGAAACUCCUGCAGAAGUGACUGGUGAGGAAAACGUUGGUGAGGAAGUAGCUGGAGAAGAAGAAGCUUCUGAAGAAACUCCUGCAGAAGGGACUGCUGGUGAGGAAGCAGCUGGCGAAGAAAUUCCUGCUGGUGAAGAAACUCCUGGAGAAGAAGCAGGUACAGCUGAAGAAACUCCUGCAGAAGUGACUGGUGAUGAAAAUGUUGAUGAAGAAGCAGCUGGUGAAGAAGGUGCUGCUGAAGAAACUCCUGCUGAAGAGAGUGGUAAAGAAACUCCCGCAGAAGAGACUGGUGAAGAAGUCUCUGGUGAGGAAGUCGCUGGGGAAGAUACUCCUGCAGAAGAAACAGGUGAAGAAAGUGCUUCAGAAAAAACUCCUUCAGAGGAGACUGCUGGUGUGGAAGCAGCUGGCGAAGAAAUUCCUGCUGGUGAGGAGCUCGCUGGUGAAGAAACUCCUGCAGAAGUGACUGGUGAGGAAAACGUUGGUGAGGAAGUAGCUGGAGAAGAAGAAGCUUCUGAAGAAACUCCUGCAGAAGGGACUGCGGGUGAGGAAGCAGCUGGCGAAGAAAUUCCUGAUGGUAAGGAGCCCGCUGGUGAAGAACCUCCUGCAGAAGACACUGGUGAAGAAGCCUCGGGAGAGGAAGUCGCUGAAGAAGGAACUCCUGCAGAAGAAACAGGCGAAGAAGGCGCUUUUGAAGAAAUUCCUUUAGAAGAGACUGCUGGUGAGGAAGCUACUGGUGAAGAAACUCCUGCUGAAGAAGCAGCCGGCGAAGAAAUUCCUGCUGGCGAGGAGCCCGCUGGUGAAGAAACUCCUGCAGAAGUGACUGGUGAAGAAGCCUCUGGUGAGGAAGUCGCUAGAGAAGAAAUUCCUGCAGAAGAAACAGGCGAAGAAGGCGUUGUUGAAGAAAUUCCUUUAGAAGAGACUGCUGGUGAGGAAGCAACUGGUGAAGAAAUUCCUGCUGAAGGGACUGCUGGUGAGGAAGCAGCCGGCGAAGAUGAAACCUCUUCAGAAGAGACUGCGGGUGAGGAAGCAGCUGGCGAAGAAAUUUCUGUUAGUGAGGAACCCGCUGGAGAAGAAACUCCUGCAGAAGAGACUGGUCAAGAAGGUGCUUCUGAAGAAACUCCUGCAGAAAUGACUGGUGAGGAAGCAACUGGUGAAGAAGGUGCUGCUGAAGAAAUUCCUGCAGAAGAGACUGGUGAAGAAGUCUCUGGUGAGGAGCCCGCUGGAGAAGAAACUCCUGCAGAAGUGACUGGUGAGGAAAACGUUGAUGAGGAAGCAGCUGGAGAAGAAGAAGCUUCUGAAGAAACUCCUGCAGAAGAGACUGGUGAAGAAGUUUCUACUGAGAAGCCAACUGGUGAAGAACCUCCUGCAGAAGAGACUGGUGAAGAAGUCUCUAGUGAGGAGCCCGCUGGUGAAGAAACUCCUCCAGAAGAGACUGGUGAAGAAGCCUCUGAAGAGGAAGUCGCCGGAAAUGAAACUCCUGCAGAAGAAAUAGGUGAAGAAGUUGCUUCGGAAGAAACUCCUCCAGAAGAGACUGCGGGUGAGGAAUCAGCAGGCGAAGAAAUUCCUGCUGGUGAGCCCGCAGGUGAAGAAACUCCUGCAGAAGAAAUAGGUGAAGAAGAAGCAGGUGAAAAAGAUGCUUCGGAAGAAACUCCUCCAGAAGAGACUGCGGAUGAGGAAGAAACAGGUGAAGAAGGUGCUUCGGAAGAAACUCCUCCAGAAGAGACUGCGGGUGAGGAAGCAGUUGGCGAAGAAACUCCUGCUGGUGAGGACCCCGCUGGUGAAGAAAUUCCUGCAGAAGAGACUGGCGAAGAAGUCGCUGGUGAGGAAGUCGCUGGGGAAGAAACUCCUGCAGAAGAGACUGGUGAAGAAGUCUCUACUGAGGAGCCCGCUGGUGAAGAACCUCCUGCAGAAGAGACUGGUGAAGAAGUCUCUGGUGAAGAAGUCUCUGGUGAAGAAGUCGCUGUGGAAGAAACUCCUGCAGAGGAAACAGGUGAAGAAGGCGCUGGGGAAAAAAUUCCUUCGGAAGAGACUGCUAGUGAGGAAGUAACUGGAGAAGAAACUCCCGCUGAAGAGACUGCUGGUGAGGAAGCAGCCGGCGAAGAAAUUCCUGCUGGUGAAGAAACCCCUGCAGAAGAGACUGGUCAAAAAGGUGCUUCUGAAGAAACACCUGCAGAAAUGACUGGUGAGGAAGCAACUGGUGAAGAAGGUGCUGCUGAAGAAAUUCCUGCAGAAGAGACUGGUGAAGAAGCCUCUGGUGAGGAGCCCGCUGGAGAAGAAGUGACUGGUGAGGAAAACGUUGAUGAGGAAGCAGCUGGAGAAGAAGAAGCUUCUGAAGAAACUCUUGCAGAAGAGACUGGUGAAGAAGUCUCUGGUGAUGAGCCCGCUGGUGAAGAAACUCCUUCAGAAGAGACUGGUGAAGAAGCCUCUGGAGAGGAGCCCGCUGGUGAAGAACCUCCUGCAGAAGAGACUGGUGAAGAAGCCUCUGGAGAGGAGCCCGCUGGUGAAGAACCUCCUGCAGAUGAAACAGGCGAAGAAGGCGCUGUAGAAGAAAUUCCUUUAGAAGAGACUGCUGGUGAGGAAGCAACUGGUGAAGAAAUUCCUGCUGAAGAAACUGCGGGUGAGGAAACAGCCGGCGAAGAAAUUCCUGCUGGUGAAGAAACUCCUGCAGAAGAAGCAGAAGAGACUGGUGAAGAAGUCUCUGGUGAAGAAGGUGCUGUUGAAGAAAUUCCUGCAGAAGAGACUGGUGAAGAAGUCUCUGGUGAAGAAGCCUCUGGUGAGGAGCCCGCUGGAGAAGAAACUCCUGCAGAAGUGACUGGUGAGGAAAACGUUGAUGAGGAAGCAGCUGGAGAAGAAGCUUCUGAAGAACCUCCCGCAGAAGAGACUGGUGAAGAAGUCUCUAGUGAGGAGCCCGCUGGUGAAGAAACUCUUGCAGAAGAGACUGGUGAAGAAGUCUCUGGUGAGAAGCCCGCUGGUGAAGAAACUCCUUCAGAAGAGACUGGUGAAGAAGCCUCUGGAGAGGAGCCCGCUGGUGAAGAACCUCCUGCAGAAGAGACUGGUGAAGAAGUCUCUGGUGAGGAGCCCGCUGGUGAAGAAACUCCUUCAGAAGAGACUGGUGAAGAAGCCUCUGGAGAGGAAGUCGCUGGUGAAGAAACUAUUGCAGAAGAAACAGGUGAAGAAGGUACUGCGGAAGAAACUCCUUCAGAAGAGACUGCGGGUGAGGAAGCAGCUGGCGAAGAAAUUCCUGCUGGUGAGCCCGCUGGUGAAGAAACCCCUGCAGAAGAAGCAGGUGAAGAAGGUGCUUCGGAAGAAACUCCUCCGGCAGAGACUGCGGGUGAGGAAGCAGCUGGCGAAGAAAUUCCUGCUGGUGAAGAAACUCCUGCAGAAGAAUUAGGUGAAGAAGGUGCUUUGGAAGAAACUCCUCCAGAAGAGACUGCGGCUGAGGAAUCAGCUGGCGAAGAAAUUCCUGCUGGUGAAGAAACUCCUGCAGAAGAAGCAGGUGAAGAAGGUGCUUUGGAAGAACCCCCCUCAGAAGAGACUGCGGGUGAGGAAUCAGCUGGCGAAGAAAUUCCUGCUGGUGAGCCCGCUGGUGAAGAAACUUCUGCAGAAGAAGCAGGUGAAGAAGGUGCUUCGGAAGAAACUCCUCCAGAGGAAACUGCGGGUGAGGAAGCAGCUGGCGAAGAAAUUCCUGCUGGUGAGCCCGCUGGUGAAGAAACUCCUUCAGAAGAGACUGGUGAAGAAGUCUCUGGUGAGGAGCCCGCUGGAGAAGAAACUCCUGCAGAAGUGACUGUUGAGGAGAACGUUGAUGACGAAGCCUCUGGAGAGGAGCCCGCUGGUGAAGAAACUCCUUCAGAUGAGACUGGUGAAGAAGCCUCUGGUGAGGAGCCCGCUGGUGAAGAAACUCCUUCAGAAGAGACUGGUGAAGUAGCCUCUGGAGAGGAAGUCGCUGGGGAAGAAACUCCUGCAGAAGAAACAGGUGAAGAAGGUGCUGCGGAAGACACUCCUUCAGAAGAGACUGCGGGUGAGGAAGCAGCUGGCGAAGAAAUUCCUGCUGGUGAGCCCGCUGGUGAAGAAACUCCUGCAGAAGAAGCAGGUGACGAAGGUGCUUCGGAAGAAACUCCUCCAGAGGAGACUGCGGGUGAGGAAGCAGCUGGCGAAGAAAUUCCUGCUGGUGAGCCCGCUGGUGAAGAAAUUCCUGCAGAAGAAGCAGGUGAAGAAGGUGCUUCGGAAGAAACUCCUCCGGAAGAGACUGCGGGUGAGGAAGCAGCUGGCGAAGAAAGUCCUGCUGGUGAAGAAACUCCUCCAGAAGAAGCAGGUGAAGAAGGAGCUUUGGAAGAAACUCCUCCAGAAGAGACUGCGGGUGAUGAAGUAGCUGUCGAAGAAAUUCCUGCUGGUGAGCCCGCUGGUGAAGAAACUCCUGCAGAAGAAGCAGGUGAAGAAGGUGCUUCGGAAGAAACUACUCCAGAGGAGACUGCGGGUGAGGAAUCAGCUGGCGAACAAAUUCCUGCUGGUGAGCCCGCUGGUGAAGAAACUCCUGCAGAAGAAGCAGGUGAAGAAGGUGCUUCGGAAGAAACUCCUCCGGAAGAGACUGCGGGUGAGGAAGCAGCAGGCGAAGAAAUUCCUGCUGGUGAGUCCGCUGGUGAAGAAACUCCUUCAGAAGAGACUGGUGAAGAAGUCUCUGGUGAGGAGCCCGCUGGAGAAGAAACUCCUGCAGAAGUGACUGGUGAAGAAGUCUCUUGUGAGGAGCCCGCUGGUGAAGAAACUCCUUCAGAAGAGACUGGUGAAGAAGCCUCUGGAGAGGAAGUCGCUGGGGAAGAAACUCCUGCAGAAGAAACAGGUGAAGAAGGUGCUGCGGAUGACACUCCUUCAGAAGAGACUGCGGGUGAGGAAGCAGCUGGCGAAGAAAUUCCUGCUGGUGAAGAAACUCCUGCAGAAGAAUUAGGUGAAGAAGGUGCUUUGGAAGAAACUCCUCCAGAAGAGACUGCGGGUGAGGAAUCAGCUGGCGAAGAAAUUCCUGCUGGUGAGCCCGCUGGUGAAGAAACUCCUGCAGAAGCGACUGGUGAAGAAAUCUCUGGAGAGGAAGUCGCUGGGGAAGAAACUCCUGCAGAAGAAACAGGUGAAGAAGGUGCUGCGGAAGACACUCCUUCAGAAGAGACUGCGGGUGAGGAAGCAGCUGGCGAAGAAAUUCCUGCUGGUGAAGAAACUCCUGCAGAAGAAACAGGUGAAGAAGGUGCUGCGGAAGACACUCCUUCAGAAGAGACUGCGGGUGAGGAAUCAGAUGGCGAGGAAAUUCCAGCUGGUGAAGAAACUCCUGCAGAAGAAGCAGGUGAAGAAGGUGCUUUGGAAGAAACCCCCUCAGAAGAGACUGCGGGUGAGGAAUCAGCUGGCGAAGAAAUUCCUGCUGGUGAGCCCGCUGGUGAAGAAACUCCUGCAGAAGAAGCAGGUGAAGAAGGUGGUUCGGAAGAAACUCCUCCAGAGGAAACUGCGGGUGAGGAAGCAGCUGGCGAAGAAAUUCCUGCUGGUGAGCCCGCUGGUGAAGAAACUCCUUCAGAAGAGACUAGGGAAGAAGUCUCUGGUGAGGAGCCCGCUGGAGAAGAAACUCCUGCAGAAGUGACUGGUGAGGAGAACGUUGAUGAGGAAGCCUCAGGAGAGGAGCCCGCUGGUGAAGAAACUCCUUCAGAUGAGACUGGUGAAGAAGCCUCUGGUGAGGAGCCCGCUGGUGAAGAAACUCCUUCAGAAGAGACUGGUGAAGAAGCCUCUGGAGAGGAAGUCGCUGGGGAAGAAACUCCUGCAGAAGAAACAGGUGAAGAAGGUGCUGCGGAAGACACUCCUUCAGAAGAGACUGCGGGUGAGGAAGCAGCUGGCGAAGAAAUUCCUGCUGGUGAGCCCGCUGGUGAAGAAACUCCUGCAGAAGAAGCAGGUGAUGAAGGUGCUUCGGAAGAAACUCCUCCAGAGGAGACUGCGGGUGAGGAAGCAGCUGGCGAAGAAAGUCCUGCUGGUGAAGAAACUCCUCCAGAAGAAGCAGGUGAAGAAGGUGCUUCGGAAGAAACUCCUCCAGAAGAGACUGCGGGUGAGGAAGCAGCUGUCGAAGAAAUUCCUACUGGUGAGCCCGCUGGUGAUGAAACUCCUGCAGAAGAAGCAGGUGAAGAAGGUGCUUCGGAAGAAACUCCUCCAGAGGAGACUGCGGGUGAGGAAGCAGCUGGCGAAGAAAUUCCUGCUGGUGAGGCCGCUGGUGAAGAAACUCCUGCAGAAGAAGCAGGUGAAGAAGGUGCUUCGGAAGAAACUCCUCCGGAAGAGACUGCGGGUGAGGAAGCAGCAGGCGAAGAAAUUCCUGCUGGUCAGCCCGCUGGUGAAGAGACUCUUUCAGAAGAGACUGGUGAGGAGCCCGCUGGAGAAGAAACUCCUGCAGAAGUGACUGGUGAGGAAAACGUUGAUGAGGAAGCAGCUGGAGAAGAAGAAGCUUCUGAAGAAACUCCUGCAGAAGAGACUGGUGAAGAAGUAUCUGGUGAGGAUCCCGCUGGUGAAGAACCUCCUGCAGAAGAGACUGGUGAAGAAGUCUCUGGUGAGGAGCACGCUGGUGAAGAAACUCCUUCAGAAGAGACUGGUGAAGGAGCCUCUGGAGAGGAAGUCGCGGGGGAAGAAACUCCUGCAGAAGAAACAGGUGAAGAAGGUGCUGCGGAAGACACUCCUUCAGAAGAGACUGCGGGUGAGGAAUCAGCUGGCGAAGAAAUUCCUGCUGGUGAAGAAACUUCUGCAGAAGAAUUAGGUGAAGAAGGUGCUUUGGAAGAAACUCCUCCAGAAGAGACUGCGGGUGAGGAAUCAGCUGGCGAAGAAAUUCCUGCUGGUGAAGAAACUCCUGCAGAAGAAGCAGGUGAAGAAGGUGCUUUGGAAGAAACCCCCUCAGAAGAGACUGCGGGUGAGGAAUCAGCUGGCGAAGAAAUUCCUGCUGGUGAGCCCGCUGGUGAAGAAAGUCCUGCAGAAGAAGCAGGUGAAGAAGGUGCUUCGGAAGAAACUCCUCCAGAGGAAACUGCGGGUGAGGAAGCAGCUGGCGAAGAAAUUCCUGCUGGUGAGCCCGCUGGUGAAGAAACUCCUUCAGAAAAGACUGGUGAAGAAGUCUCUGGUGAGGAGCCCGCUGGAGAAGAAACUCCUGCAGAAGUGACUGGUGAGGAGAACGUUGAUGAGGAAGCCUCUGAAGAGGAGCCCGCUGGUGAAGAAACUCCUUCAGAAGAGACUGGUGAAGAAGCCUCUGGAGAGGAAGUCGCUGGGGAAGAAACUCCUGCAGAAGAAACAGGUGAAGAAGGUGCUGCGGAAGACACUCCUUCAGAAGAGACUGCGGGUGAGGAAGCAGCUGGCGAAGAAAUUCCUGCUGGUGAAGAAACUCCUGCAGAAGAAGCAGGUGAAGAAGGUGCUUCGGAAGAAACUCCUCCAGAGGAGACUGCGGGUGAGGAAGCAGCUGGCGAAGAAAUUCCUGCUGGUGAGCCCGCUGGUGAAGAAACUCCUGCAGAAGAAGCAGGUGAAGAAGGUGCUUUGGAAGAAACUCCUCCAGAAGAGACUGCGGGUGAGGAAGCAGCUGGCGAAGAAAUUCCUGCUGGUGAGCCCGCUGGUGAAGAAACUCCUGCAGAAGAAGCAGGUGAAGAAACUCCUGCAGAAGAAGCAGGUGAAGAAGGUGCUUCGGAAGAAACUCCUCCAGAAGAGACUGCGGGUGAGGAAGCAGCUGGCGAAGAAAUUCCUGCUGGUGAGCCCGCUGGUGAAGAAACUCCUGCAGAAGAAGCAGGUGAAGAAGGUGCUUCGGAAGAAACUCCUCCAGAAGAGACUGCGGGUGAGGAAGCAGCUGGCGAAGAAAUUCCUGCUGGUGAGCCCGCUGGUGAAGAAACUCCUGCAGAAGAAACAGGUGAAGAAGGUGCUUCGGAAGAAACUCCUCCAGAGGAAACUGCGGGUGAGGAAGCAGCUGGCGAAGAAAUUCAUGCUGGUGAGCCCGCUGGUGAAGAAACUUCUGCAGAAGAAGCAGGUGAAGAAGGUGCUUCGGAAGAAACUCCUCCAGAAGAGACUGGUGAAGAAGUCUCUGGUGAGGAGCCCGCUUGUGAAGGACCUCCUUCAGAAGAGACUGGUGAAGAAGCCUCUGGAGAGGAAGUAGCUGGGGAGGAAACUCCUGCAGAAGAAACAGGUGAAGAAGGUGCUUCGGAAGAAACUCCUCCAGAAGAGACUGCGGGUGAGGAAGCAGCUGGCGAAGAAAUUCCUGCUGGUGAGCCCGCUGGUGAAGAAACUCCUGCAGAAGAAGCAGGUGAAGAAGGUGCUUCGGAAGAAACUCCUCCAGAAGAGACUGCGGGUGAGGAAGCAGCUGGCGAAGAAAUUCCUGCUGGUGAGCCCGCUGGUGAAGAAACUCCUGCAGAUGAAACAGGUGAAGAAGGUGCUUCGGAAGAAACUCCUCCAGAAGAGACUGCGGGUGAGGAAGCAGCUGGCGAAGAAAUUCCUGCUGGUGAGCCCGCUGGUGAAGAAACUCCUGCAGAAGAAGCAGGUGAAGAAGGUGCUUCGGAAGAAACUCCUCCAGAAGAGACUGCGGGUGAGGUAGCAGCUGGCGAAGAAAUCCCUGCUGGUGAAGAAACUCCUGCUGAAGAAGCAGGUGAAGAAGGUGGUUCGGAAGAAACUCCUCCAGAAGAGACUGCGGGUGAGGAAGCAGCUGGCGAAGAAAUUCCUGAUGGUGAGCCCGCUGGUGAAGAAACUCCUGCAGAAGAAGCAGGUGAAGAAGGUGCUUCGGAAGAAACUCCUCCAGAGGAGACUGCGGAUGAGGAAGCAGCUGGCGAAGAAAUUCCUGCUGGUGAGCCCGCUGGUGAAGAAACUCCUGCAGAAGAAGCAGGUGAAGAAGGUGCUUCGGAAGAAACUCCUCCAGAGGAGACUGCGGGUGAGGAAGCAGCUGGCGAAGAAAUUCCUGCUGGUGAGCCCGCUGGUGAAGAAACUCCUGCAGAAGAAGCAGGUGAAGAAGGUGCUUCGGAAGAAACUCCUCCAGAGGAAACUGCGGGUGAGGAAGCAGCUGGCGAAGAAAUUCCUGCUGGUGAGCCCGCUAGUGAAGAACCUCCUGCAGAAGAGACUGGUGAAGAAGUCUCUGGUGAGGAGCCCGCUUGUGAAGAACAUCCUGCAGAAGAGACUAGUGAAGAAGCCUCUGGAGAGGAAGUCGCUGGGGAAGAAACUCCUGCAGAAGAGUUAGGUGAAGAAGGUGCUUCGGAAGAAACUCCUCCAGAAGAGACUGCGGGUGAGGAAGCAGCUGGCGAAGAAAUUCCUGCUGGUGAGCCCGCUGGUGAAGAAACUUCUGCAGAAGAAGCAGGUGAAGAAGGUGCUUCGGAAGAAACUCCUCCAGAAGAGACUGCGGGUGAGGAAGCAGCUGGCGAAGAAAUUCCUGCUGGUGAGCCCGCUGGUGAAGAAACUUCUGCAGAAGAAGCAGGUGGAGAAGGUGCUUCGGAAGAAACACCUCCAGAAGAGACUGCUGGUGAGGAAUCAGCUGGCGAAGAAAUUCCUGCUGAUGAGGAAACUCCUGCAGAAGAAGCAGGUGCUUCGGAAGAAACUCCUCCAGAAGAGACUGCGGGUGAGGAAGCAGCUGGCGAAGAAAUUCCAGCUGGUGAGCCCGCUGGUGAAGAAACUCCUGCAGAAGAAGCAGGUGAAGAAGGUGCUUCGGAAGAAACUUCUCCAGAAGAGACUGCGGGUGAGGAAGCAGCUUGCGAAGAAAUUCCUGCUGGUGAGCCCGCUGGUGAAGAAACUCCUGCAGAAGAAGCAGGUGAAGAAGGUGCUUCGGAAGAAACUCCUCCAGAGGAGACUGCGGGUGAGGAAGCAGCUGGCGAAGAAAUUCCUGCUGGUGAAGAAACUCCUGCAGAAGAAGCAGGUGGAGAAGGUGCUUUGGAAGAAACUCCUCCAGAAGAGACCGCGGGUGAGGAAGCAGCUGGUGAAGAAAAUGCUGCUGAAGAAACUCCUCCAGAAGAGACUGGUGAAGAAGUCUCUGGUGAGGAGCCCACUGGUGAAGAACCUCCUGCAGAAGAGACUGGUGAAGAAGCCACUGGAGAGGAAGUCGCCGCUGAAGAAACUCCUGCAGAAGAAACAGGUGGAGAAGGCGCGGUUGAAGAAACUCCUUCUGAGGAGACUGCUGGUGAGGAAUCAACUGGUGAAGAAACUCCUGCUGAAGAGACUGGAGGUGAGGAAAUAGCCGGCGAAGAAAUUCCUGCUGGUGAGGAGCCGGCUGGUGAAGAAACUCCUGCAGAAGAAGCUGGUGAAGAAGGAGCUAGCGAAGAAACUCCGGCUGAAGAAGCUGGAGAAGAAACUUCUACAGGUGAAGAGGGAACCGGUGAGGAUGAAACUGAAGAAGGGGAAGCCGUUGGAGAAGAAAUGGGCGAAGAAGGAGAAACCGGUGAAGACGAAACCAUUGAAGAGGGAACUGGUGAAGAGGAAACAGGCGAGGAAGGAACAGGUGAAGAAGAGACAGGCGAGGAAGGAGCAGGUGAAGAAGAAACAGGCGAGGAAGGAGCAGGUGAAGAGGAAACAGGCGAGGAAGGAACAGGUGAAGAAGAGACUGGCGAGGAAGGAGCAGGUGAUGAAGGGACAGGCGAGGAAGGAGCAGGUGAAGAGGAAACCGGCGAGGAAGGGACAGGUGAAGAAGAAACAGGCGAGGAAGGAGCAGGUGAAGAAGAGAUAGGCGAGGAAGGAGCAGGUGAAGAAGAGACAGGCGAGGAAGGAGCAGGAGAAGAAGAGACAGGCGAGGAAGGAGCAGGUGAAGAAGAGACAGGCGAGGAAGAAGUAGGUGAAGAUGAAACCGGUGAAGAAGCAGCAGGUGAAGAAGAGACAGGCGAGGAAGGAGUAGGUGAAGAAGAGACAGGCGAGGAAGGAUCAGGUGAAGAAGAGACAGGCGAGGAAGGAGCAGGGGAAGAAGAGACCGGCGAGGAAGGAACAGGUGAAGAAGAGAUCGGCGAAGAAGGUACAGGUGAUGAAGAGACCGGAGAGGAGGGAACAGGUGAAGAGGAAGGUGGCGAAGAAGAAAUUGGUAGUGAUGCUGAUUCAACAACUAAACCAAAACCAACAACUAAACCUAAAACAACAGCUAAACCUAAAACAACAGCUAAACCUAAAACAACAACUAAACCUAAAACAACAACUAAACCUAAAACAACAACUAAACCUAAAACAACAACCAAACCUAACACAACAACUAAACCUAAAACAACUACAAAACCUAUAGUCAAACCUGCAGCAACAACAGCCAAGCCUACCGCCAAACCGGCAGCAACAACAGCCAAGUCUACCGCCAAACCGGCAGCAACAACAGUUAAACCGGUAGCAACAACAGCAAAACCUGCAGCAACAACAGUAAAACCUGCUACAACCAACCCUGUAAAGCCACCCACAAUUACCAUAAUUAUUAAAAACCCGCCCAAAGCUACUACAGCCAAACCGAAAACAACGAGAAAACCUAAAAAAACGGCAAACUCUAAAACAACGGCCAAACCAAAAACUACGGCGAAACCCAAAACAUCAGCGAAACCCAAAACUACGGCCAAACCUAAAAAGGCAACAAACACUAAAACAACAGUGAAACCAAAAGCAACAGCGAAACCCAAAACAACAGCAAAACCCAAAACAACAGCAAAACCCAAAACAACGGCCAAACCUAAGACUACGGCGAAACCAAAGAAAACCGCCAAGCCCAAGACAACUGCAAAACACAAAACAACUGCAAAGCCUAAAGCACCCAAACCAACUCAACCCCCACAACAGGAUCAUAUCCUGCAACAGAUCAUCAACGCUGUCCAACAAAUCAUUUAUUAG